AUUGUCAUGUUCUGAGACUGGGUAUAUUCUUUUUAUUAUUGUUUCUAAAAUAAUUAAAUGAACUCUGUCCAUGACACUGAAGACAAAGAAGCCUCACUGAUCCUGGAAAAAAUUACCUUUCCAAUUAUCACAUAUAGAACAACCUUUAGUAUUUAUUAUCUCACAACAGGAGAGUUAUGUAUUUAGCUGUAUUGGUACUCAAACAAGAUCAGGAUAGAGCUUUAUUUUAUUUUUUCAAUUACAACUGUUUUCAAUUACAACAAUGGCACUGUUGGCAAAUGCUUAUCUUGGUAAUCACUCUAACUCUCAAAUAAUUUCAGCAUAACUGCUGUGUAACCAGUUGUUCUCCAUCCUGAAUAUAUGCAGCUGAUAAUACAGUGUUGGGUUUGUCUAUGCUCAGUUGCAUCUUGGGGUGUUUUUGUUACUGUUUUUUGUUUUUAGAACGUUGUGUACUGUUUCUGAACUCUAAUCCUGUUAUCCAGAGCAGGUGCAAAUUCUCCCAGCUUUUGAGAAAGGGGAAAACAAAGAUUACCUUUAAUUCUUCACAACUCUGUCAGUAUAGAAACACAUCGGAAGAAAACAUAUGAACUACAAACUGCAAAAAAGGUGGUACUCGUACUUUUCACUCAAGCAAAGAGAUCUUUCUUGAUCAGUGCUGUUCUCCAAAAGAAACGCAUAAAACUUGCCAAUAUUAAGUAAAUGAACUGCAUUUCUGUAACUGUAAUGAAAACUGCUUGAGCACCUAUGAUUUGUUUUCAAUCCUUUUUAAAAAGAAAUUAUACAGUUAUAAGAAUGCCAAUUGUUCGAGUGACAUAAAUGCAAGGUAAAAAUGACUAUUUGUAAAAUCAUCACUGAAGUAUAACUGCUUACACAUUUUAAAAGUAGAAUUAAUGAAUAAAGCAAAAAAAUGUAACGAGUAAAUAAAAACCUCUUGAUUCUGCAGCAAAGCAUGACAGAAGUAGAUUUUGUAACAAUUUAUUAACGCUACAUCUUGAGCAAGUUAUAUAGGCUGCUUACUGACAGGAGUAGGAGAAAUGUUGAAUUUCCUUUACUUGGGACAGCAAUUAAACCUAACCUGGGAACAAAUUUAUGACUCGAGAUCACGCGUUCUUUCAGAAACACACAAGAAUGGUUCAGGGGAGCUGCACGGCAGGCAAUGGGGACAAAGGAACAGAAGGAGGAACUACCCCGCUUGUCCCUCAGGAACACGGGCCACAGGAAGGGAAGGCCGCGGGUGCCGAGGCAGUCCCGAGAGAACCGGAGCCGAGGGGCUGGGCAGGGAGGCCUGCAGGAGACCCUCACACAGAAGUAGCUGAUGCACGGACAGGCUUCGCCAUUUCGCCUCGGUCCGGGAGGUGCCAGCCGGGGCCUGCCCAAGCAGGAGCCGCGGCCCUGCCCCGAGGCUGGGCCACCACAGCCCGGCUGUCCCGGCAACACUCUGCGAGCGCCCCUGAGCAGCCGCCUCUGCCCUUCCGACCCGCUCGCCAGGUGGGCUCCGGGACGCAACAGCGAUCGCACGGGCACACCGACCAAAGAGGGCCCGGACAAGCCCCGCGGCGGCGCAGACGGACACCCACCCGUGCGCCGACACCCGCCGAGCGGCUGCGCUGCGGCUGGCCCGCCGGGGCACCGUCCUGGCGGCGGCACCGGCCGCAGCGUCCCCGCCGCCCCUGCGCAACUCCCCCCGGGCGCAUGCGCACACGGCCUGCGCCGGCACCGCCUGCCCUGCCCCUCCUCCCUCAGGUGCCCAUGGCGGCGGGCGACGCGGAAGUGGCCCAGCAACAAAUUGAUGAAAUUGAAGCUCUUUCAUCCAUAUAUGGUGAAGACUGGUGUGUUGUUGAUGAAGAUGAAAAAAUCUAUUGCAUUAAGAUAAAUGACUGUCUGGAUCAACCAAAAUGGACCAUCUGUUUGCAGGUGAUUUUGCCACCAGGAUAUCCAACUGCAGAGCCACCUAUUUAUCAACUAAAUGCCCCUUGGCUUCGGAGAGAAGAUUAUAUGGAACUAGCAAAUAGCUUGGAAGAAAUAUAUGUACAGAACCUUGGUGAAAGUAUACUUUAUUUAUGGGUGGAGAAGAUACGAGAAGUUCUGAUAGAAAAGGCACGGUCAUCAGAUCAAGAUCCAGAUAUUAAGAAAACCAGUGAAGAAGUUGAUGAAGAUGAUGGAGAUGAUUUUCUCUUAGACUAUCAGCCCAUUCAGGAAGAACAAAUUAAAAUGUUAAAUUACAUUACAUCUGAAAAUCAAGAAGUAGAUGAAGAGCUGCCAUCCAUACAUCACGGAAACCCAAUUACAGAUCGAAGGAGUACUUUCCAGGCACAUCUGGCUCCUGUGGUAACACUCAAACAAGUAAAGAGAGUUCUUGAAAAAUUGAAUGAGAGCAAGAAAAUUGCAAGUGCUACCCACAACAUAUAUGCAUACAGAAUAUACUGUGAAGAUAAGCAGACAUUCUUACAGGAUUGUGAAGAUGAUGGGGAGACAGCAGCAGGUGGACGUCUUCUUCAUCUUAUGCAGAUUCUGAAUGUCCACAAUGUAUUAGUUGUGGUAUCCCGCUGGUAUGGAGGUAUUCUCUUAGGACCAGAUCGUUUUAAACAUAUAAACAAUUGUGCAAGAAAUGUACUUGUGGAAUACAACUAUGUACCUUCAGUGGAAGAAUCAUCUAAACAAGCAGGAAAGAGCAAAAAGAUAAGGAAGGACAAGAAGAGAACAGAACACUAAUUUAUUUUUUAAAACUAUAAAAUAUUAUUUUCCAUGUAUUUAUACAAAGAAAACAUGGACACUAUUGCCUUAUCCAAUACAACAGACAUUUUGUAUUCAAAAAGAAUUCAAUAAAGCUGUAGAUGUAUUUUAA